CUAACUGCUAUUAAAGAUCACUGAUGAUGUGUUGGAGGUAGAUAGUAGGUGAGAGGUUAGGGGUAAAAUGGGGACUAACGGAAAAGCAGAGACGACCAAGACCUUAUUAGGAGAUAGCUUGUUGAACAACUUAAAUGUGUCAGAGACAUGGGAGGAACGUUGAGCAACCCUGAGACAUUAGCCAAGACAUCAGGACAAAAUGUCUCUAAGACAGUGAUGGAGAUGAGUUCAUCUGUCCAAACAGUUACCCAAUAAAGCAAGCACAGCAACAGUGUUAGCCAAUGAAAAUGCACUGAAAGCGGGUAUAAACCCUAUAUAAGGGGAGAGCAAAAGAGGAAUCUUUGGUUGGAUCCUCCAGGCAGCUUCGAGCCAAGACCGAGAUGGACAAAGAACUCUGCAGCUGAAGAAGAGCCGGGGCCACAGGGACGAAGACUGUCCUGCGCACGGGGACCAACCCAUCAGCCCCGCAACAUGUGGCUUCAAAUCGGACUUCUCUCAUCGGCUGGGUUCAGACCCCAAGGACAAAGAUAAAGACAAAGAUGAAGAUCAAGGCAAAGAUGAAGAUCAAGGCAAAGAUGAAGAUCAAGACAAAGACAAAGACCCAAGUCCUGUGUGACCUCAUCAUCCAUGCAGAGAUGACAGCUCAUCAGACCAACAGAGAUCCCUGCCUUCGUCAAUCAACCUCCUCCGCCUGCUGCAACACCUUCUUCAUCAUCGAGCCAGUUCUGGGGUUGGAGACACCAAACUCCGUCCGUCUCUCUCAAAGGUUCCCUUUUUAGUUCUUAGUAUCAGCGUUAGGGAAAGACAGGCUAGAUGAUUGAUUUUACUUAUUUGAUUAUUUCUGCUACUUAAUUAAGCUGUACUGACCCUUGCAAAAUUGCUUUACUAAUAAAAUAUUUAGCAUAAAGAAAAUCUAAAAGAUGUUGUGAACAUUCAAUUAAUGAGUCACCUCAAAGUUCUUUGAUGGUAGUAAAAUAGCUGUGAUGUUUGAUUCUGGGGAAGAAAAGUAGGUCAUGUUUUAUAGGUUGCUUUAGCCCAAAUUUAAAACUACAUCCUUGGGACUCGCCCGAGUCACUAAAACUAACCUGAUUCAGUAACAAGUGCAAGUUGUAAAAAAAGAGAAGGAGCGACCGUUAACAGAUGUGCUCUGUGGAACUAGUUGGCUGUAUGCUGCUCAGUCUGGCUAAUUCACAGGGGGAAGAAGGGUGGGACAUCUGGAUGUAGGCCGUUAGUAGUCAGGCGAAUCCUGUCUCGAAACCAGCUUAAACAGAGUUUACUUCAGUUCUGGAUAGGGUAAAUCCCAGCAGAUUUAGGAAACUCAAUUUACCCGUUAGAUGGAGAGCUGGUAGCACAUCUCCCCUCUCAGAAGAGGAAGUAGUGACUGAGAGAGUAGAGAGUGAAGGAAGAGGGGGUGGGGGGUGUAGCGGCAACAACGCUAGACAAUACUAAUUCAAGCUAUCAGUAAAAUCAUUCUGUCUAGUCAAAUGUUAAUUCAGGAUAUCUCAAAUAGAAAAGCUGUGUAAUUAAAGAUAUCUAAUUCAUUUGGAGAGAGCUUAAAAGGAAUUUUGACUUGUCAGAAUUAGAAUUCUAGAUAUCUCUAAGUUAGUUGUGCCUUAUUGUCAUUAUUUACUUUUAAAUGAAAAAUGUAAUUUUCACUAGUCAUUGGACUGUGGUGAGCUCAGCAGAUAUGCAGUUCCACCAAGUGUUUGCUAAUUGCUGCUGUUGCUAGUCUGAAGGAACUGAGUGAGGAUGGUGCAGGAGAGAGAUGCUCAGUGCUUCAGUUUGUUCCAUAUUGGUAAAAUUAAAAGAUUACUUUGGCACAGUUUUUCUCAGCGAUACAGAGGACUCUAUAUUUCAGGUUUUCCAGACUAACUUAUAUUAGCCAAGUGUUUUAACAGGUGAGUUGCAUAUGGAAAAAAAAUUCUGACCUUAUUUUAUGUCUCGUUGCUACGAAUAAAUAUCAGAAACUGUUCAUAGAUGAAGACUAUGAUCACAAACAUGACCACCAGUCUACAAUGGAAUACUGUAAAACAGAGAAACUGCUCAGUCCCGUUAAGUUCAGGACUAAAUCUGAUUGAAAUUUUGUGUUUGAAGCCCUAAUUGAGCACUGUCUGCAAACCUCCAUGAACCAAAAGAACAAUGCACAGGAAACCAGCUCAGAUUUCCUCCACAACAUGUGAAACACUGAAGUUGUGAAAUUGUACAGAAAGCAAGUUCUGUGUUUUCACCAUGACUGAACAUGGGUCCAUACGCAAACAGAAGGCAUCACUUUUGGGGGACUGAAGGCAUGGCGGAGGCUGGAGCCCACCUGACCUCCGUGGUUGUUAAUGAACAGCCAUCCAUCUUUGAAGUGCUGGCCCAGGAGUCUCUGAUGGAGGCUGUCAGACCUGCUCUGAGACAUGCAGUCAAGGUUCUAGCUGAAUCCAACCCGUCCCACUUUGGAUUUAUUUGGAAAUGCUUCGAUGAGCUCUACCUGCUGCUGGAUGUCCUCCUGCAGAACCACUUCCUGUCCCAGUGCAGCGCCUCCUUCUCUGAGAACUUCUAUGGACUCAAGAGAGUCUCAGGUGGGCGUAGCCUUCCUGCUCACCUGGGCUUGCACAAGAGUUCCCAUUGGCGGUCCCUGCUGCUCUUGUGCCUGGUGCCCUACCUGCAGGCCAAGCUGCAGGUGAUGUUGGCCCGGCAGAGAGAGGAGGAAGAUUUCUCCAUCAGGCUGCCACAGACCAGGAAGCAGAGGUUGUACAGAGCAGUGGUGGCAGCAUACCCAUAUGUCAGCUCGGCCUGGCAGUCCUGGAUCUUCUGCCAGCAAUUGCUUUUUGUUUUCGGAGUCAGCAGAACACACAGUCCCCUGCUGCGGCUGGCCAAUGUCAGACUGGCACGGCUCACCACACAUGACCUCAGAGAUUCACAGCAGAAAAUCAGAUGCAGGCCCAGGCCGGCUGAUGGCAGACUGAUGCAGAGAGCAUGGUGGCUCAUGUCUCGGGCAGCGCAAGGUGUGGCCGUCUCCCUCUCCACCUCCCUGUCUCUGGGCGUCUUCUUCCUGCAGUUCCUGGAGUGGUGGUAUUCCUCGGAAAACCAGAGCACAGUUAAAACCAUCACUUCCCUGCCUGCACCUCCUCCCCCGCUCCAUCUGCAGGAGGAUGUCCAACCAACAGCAGAUGAGAAGAACUGCCCGCUAUGCCGAAAGCACCGGGCCAACUCCACAGUGCUGUCCACAUCUGGCUUUGUCUUCUGUUACUGCUGCAUUUACACUUAUGUGAAGGCUAACCACUGCUGCCCACUCACUGGAUUCCCCACAGAACUGCAACACCUCAUCAAGAUAUAUGAGUCCGAGAGCUAAAAGUUCUCUGGAGGUCAUUUCAGAUGUUUCCCAUCUUUUGGAGAAAUGUGACCUCAUUGUUUACUGCAUUCGUGUGCAGGCUUUUAUCAACAGUUCUUUGUGAAGAGUGAAAAUAGUAUUUUGCUUUGCAAAAGUUGAUUUUAAAGUUGAUAAAUUAUGAUAUAAGUCUGAUUUUAAUGGCUUACACUUACAUUUAAUUUUGUUUAUUUAUGCAGCACCGAUUCAUAACCAAUGUGAAUUAUUAUAACUUACUUUUUUAAUCCCUUAACUGUAAUUACAAACAAAAAAAACACACUUGCAAGUCAAGCCAUAUCAGUUGCUGCAUAAUUUACAUACUUUUCUGAAUAAUUUUAACUUAGCUUAAAAUAGCAUUUACAAUGUGAAUUAACUUUAGUUUUGGCAUAUAAUUAAAUUCCCUGUUUAAAUCACAUGUUUAAAAAAAGUUAUUUUUAUCAUAAAUAUACCUUUUGUCUCAUCAGA